AUGCCUGGGACUAGGUCGUCUGCUGUUACUGUCAAAGUUGGUCCCCCUGUUGGUGCCCAGAGGUCAAAGAGAGUCAAUCCUACUGUCACUUUGCCCACCAAAGCCCAACCUUCACAUGGUACAAAGGCCCAUCACCAGGUAGUCAAAUUGCAAGGUGGAAAUCAGGAUAUGAUUUCUGAAACACAUGAGCCAAUGUCAGGGGAUGGUGAGGAGUGCCUGAACCACAAAUCCAGCUCUGUAGCUCGACAUCCCCCUCUCCAACUGCACUCAAGUCACAAUUCUUCAGAAGGGUUGACAGAGAAAGAAUGUGAGGAUCAGUACCUUGACUCCUUCCAGAUGAGACAGGUUACACUCCAGAAUGAUAUAGUUGCUGAGCAGGGUCACAAAAAGUCUGUUGCCCCCAAUGACAGUGAAGAGGAUGAACAAGCUGUUGAGAGUACAGUGCAAGCUGAAGGUGAUCUGGUCUCAGAGAACCUGGUGGAUCAUGAUGGUUGCCAAGCUGUUGAAAAUAUGAUGGACUCCAUUCAUCAUGAUGAUGUUGAGCAUGAAAGUGCAUCAGACAGUGAUUGGUCAGCUGACCAGAGGCAUGACCUUAAAAACAGACAAACCCUAAGAGAAAUCUGUGUUGGCAAUUAUGAUACUGAUAACCAUCCUUCCACACCCCCUCUCCCUUCUCCAUCCUCAUCAGAAGAAGAAGAUGGAGCUGCUAAUACCAAAGGUGACACUGACAGCUCUGUGACCAGGAGGCAUAGGGAAGCCAAAGGGAAAUCUCAUGCCCUAGCCAACACAUCCUCUGAAGAUGAGGAUGGACCUAGUGACACUGGAGACCUCCCUGAUUGCUUGGAGAUGACCAGGAUGCAUAGGAAACCCAAAGGACAACAUCAUGCCUUCUGCAAGGUAGUAGUCACACCCUCUGUGCCUACCCUAGCCAGUGACCUCAGUCAAUACAAGGAUGCAUCCAGUGCAGAAGCAGGCUUACCACACUUCAAACCAGGGCAGCUUCCCUUGGAAGCCAUACAAAGGGCACAGGCACUUGGCAUGUGCACCACUCAAGAAGCCCAGGUGAUUGCAGAUGAGUAUGGCAAGACUCUUGGGUCAAUCAUGGCUGCUACUGGUCUUACCACAAAGGCAACUCAUGCUGAAUCUGUGUGGAACAUGCAUCAGGCUUGGUAUGCACAUACCAAUCCAAAAGCAUCUGCAGAGGAAACCAAAGACUACUAUAGGCAUCACACCAAGCACUAUGAGGACCAUAAAGAUGAGGAUGAACAUCCUCAACUGUGGGCUGAGAUCCAGAAGUAUUGGAGUGAGUGUGUCAGUGGGUCCAAAGACAUCAGUUCCAAGGCAAUGGCACAAACUUGGUGCAAUGUGGAGGGCAUACAUGUCUUUGGAUGUGUAAUUUAUAGUGGGAGUGAUGAAGCUGCACACCAAUCCCAAGGAAUUUUUGCUGGAUCCUCCCUUCUCAUGCAGCUUGCAAGUGAGAGGCAGACUGACAUAACACAAUUAUUAGAAUACCUGUCCACAAUUAUCAAGUAUAAAAUCCUUAACUCUGCUGCUUCAGUGCCUCUUCCUGACUUUAAUGUGCUGUCACAACCCUGUUAUGACUGUGCACUGGGAUUAAAACCUCAAGAAUACAGGUGUGAUUGCAAUCAUGCUGCCACAGAAGAGAAUGAUUUCAAUGUCAAAUGCCUCAAUGCUGAUGAACUUUGUGCUCUGACUGUUCCUUUCCUGAAAGAGUCAAUGGGUGCAGAUUACCAUGCUGAGGCCCCACUAGAUGAUGAAGAAGACCAAGCUGAAUACCUUGUCCCUUUGCUGAAUUCAUCAUUUUACCUCAAGAAGUGGACAGAUGUGAUGCAAGGAUGUGUGACAUCCUGCUUGUGGUGA